UCUCUCUCUCUCUAACAUGAGCUCAACGCCCAUGAACAAAAAGAAGAGCUCGUCGACAAGAACAAGAUCAAGAACAGCGACGGCCUCCUCAACCACCGCAUCAAGGAGGCGACGACGGCAAGGAGCCAACAAGCUAGCGCAUGCCUGCAUGAGCAAGAGGCGGAGGCUGGGCGGAGGCACCUGCUCCUCCUCCUCCUCCUCCUCCAAUGACGUCGUCUCGGAGAAGCUAGAGGCCCUCAAGAACCUCAUCCCAGUCGCCAGGGACGGCGGCGGCGACGGCACCGUCGCCGCCGAAGAGCUGUUUCAAGAAACGGCGGAUUACAUCCUCCGGUUACGGACCCAGGUCGUCAUCCUCCAGAAGCUGAUUCAUAUCUCCGGAUCGGCCAAUCUCCCCGAGAAACAACGCGAGAUCGACGACGCUUCCUCCGUAUUGUAGUCCUCAGUCUACACCAAGAAAACAAGGACGCGAGGGACAAGCAAAGAAAACGAGGUGAAGGUUCUUCGGAUUGAAUUCCGAUGGGAAAAUGCUUUGGCCGGCGAGAAACCGCAGAGGGAAAAUGUGGGAAUAUCUGGUACAAAAUUAGAAGGAAAGAGAGACAUUAUUUGAGCUCAGAUUGUUGUGGGAGGUCAUUUUCUUGAUUUUUUUUUUUCUCCUUUCUUGUUACUACUUCUUUCUCACCCACCAUUAUUUUCUCGCCGGACCGCAUUUUCCAAGAAAAUAUGUUAUAUAUAGUUUCUGAUCUCCAUCCA